AUGUCUCCUGCAAGUAAAACUAAAACGCCUAGUCAAAAAUACACGGAAGAUGAUGUACAGAAAGCCCUUACAGCAAUUAACAAUGGGACGAGCCAGAGGAAAGCAGCCCUGCAAUUUAAGGUUCCAAGAGCUACCCUACAGUUUAGGGCGAGUGAAAAUUUUCAUGAUAAAACCACUCGUGGUCCAAAUCCUAUUCUUUCGUUGGACGAGGAAACUCGACUUAAAGACUGGAUUUGUGCAUGUCAGAAAAAAGGUUUUCCUCUGAGGAUAGAAGAUGUACAGCAUUCAGUCAAGGGAUUUUUGGAUGCUUAUCCCCGUGAGAAUCCAUUCAUAGACAAUAUGCCUGGGAAAGGGUGGUACAGGAGCUUUUUAAAGAGAAAUCCAGAAGUAACGCUAAGGACUCCAGAAGCGAUUACUGCGGCAAGUUCUAAUAUUUCCGAAAAAGAUAUUCGGAAAUGGUUUAGUGGUGUAGAACAAUACUUAGAUCAAAAAGGUUACUAUGACAUUCUUAAAGAUCCAUCACGUAUUUUUAAUGGCGAUGAAACGUGUUUUUACCUAUCUCCGAAAAAUAAGAGAGUGUUAGCUGUGAGGGGAAGCAAAAAUGUUUACGAAAUUAAACAUCACUCGAAAGUUAAUUUAACAGUAAUGUUUACGUUUGCUGCAUCUGGCGACAUUACACCGCCAAUGGUAAUUUAUCCGUAUAAGAGAUUACCAUCAAGCGUUGUAAAGUCGGUACCCGCUGAGUGGGGAAUAGGUUGUAGCAACUCAGGGUGGAUGAAAAAUGAAAUUUUUUUUGAACAUAUAGGAAACGUUUAUUAUAAACAUUUAGUUGCUAAAAAUAUCAAAUUUCCUAUAAUUUUGUUCGUUGAUGGGCAUACAACUCAUAUGACCCUUCAAACUAGCGAAUUAUGUUCAAAGUUGAAAAUAAUAUUAGUGGCUCUCUACCCAAACGCCACAAGAAUAAUGCAGCCCGCAGACGUUGCGGCGUUCAAAUCCUUAAAAAUUGGUUGGAACAAAGCAGUUUUGAACUUCAGAAGGGAAAAUCCAAAUUCUGUGGUAACCAAGGAAAACUUUGCUUUAGUAUUAAACAGUGCCAUUAGCUCUUUAAAGUCAGUUUCUAUAAUCAAUGGUUUUAAAACAACUGGGUUAUAUCCUUGGAACCCGUCAGCAAUUGAUUAUUCCAAAUAUUUGGGAAAGAACAACAGCCGAAUUAAAGAAAGUGUUUCUCAAGAAGUAUCCAUAACCUAUGCUGACUUUGAGAAAUUAGUUGGGACUGAGAAAAUAAAGAUGUUCCAAAAUAAUGCAUGUGAAGAUCUAAAUGAAGAAGCACAAAUUUUAUAUAAUAUGUUCCAGUUAUUCAAAAAUAAGCCAAAUGAUGCAAUAUCUAAUUCAGUUCAUAGUGUCAGAUAUCUCAAUUCGUACGUCAGAUCAUCUGACUUACGUUUGGUAUCGUAA